GGAGAGGUGGAUGUGUGCGUGUGGAUGUUGUGUCUUUGGAGUGCUGUAAUGCCCCUGGAGGUCAAAUGGCCGUUCCCACAAUGCCCUGCUUUGGCGUGGAGGGUCUCCAGCUCGCUGAUCAUGGGGAUGGUGGGCUCCUACUCCUACUUCUGGACCAAGUACAUGAACUGCUUGACGGUCCACAACCACGAGGUUUUGUUGGACCUGAUUGACAGGCGGCCCUCGGACACGCCCCUCAUCACUCUGUCCAAUCACCAGUCUUGUAUGGAUGACCCCCACAUCUGGGGUGUGCUGAAGUUCAGACAGUUGUGGUCCUUCAACAAGAUGCGCUGGACUCCCACGGCAUCGGACAUCUGUUUCACGAAAGAGCUGCACUCCAGGUUCUUCAGUCGUGGGAAGUGCGUUCCGGUCUGCAGAGGCGACGGCGUUUACCAGAAAGGAAUGGACUUUAUUGUGGAGAAACUGAACAGAGGAGAAUGGGUACACAUUUUUCCUGAAGGCAAAGUCAAUUUGACUGAGGAAUCCAUACGGUUAAAGUGGGGCGUAGGUCGGCUCAUAGUGGAGUGCUCCCUCAAUCCGAUUAUCCUGCCGCUCUGGCAUGUGGGUUUGAACGACGUUCUGCCAAACGUGGCGCCCUACGUUCCUCGGACUGGAAAGAAAAUCACCGUCCUGGUGGGGAAACCGUUUAGCGUGAAGGACCUGGUUGAAUCCCUCCGAGCCGAAAACAUAAGCCAGUUGGAAAUGAGGAAAACCUUGACUGACUUCAUCCAGGGGGAGUUUCAGAGCCUGAAAGCCCAGGCCGAGGCCCUCCACAAGCAGAUCCAGACCACAUCCUGAGGCCCUCCUGGGUCCCCCACAGCCAACCAGGCCGAGGCCCUAAGACUGGACACACACACACACACACACACACACACACACACACACACACACACACACACACACACACUGGAAGCGUCCAUUAAUGCUGACGAAGCAUCUUUUGGUAAAAGCAUGUUGUCGCUGGGCGUGGCUCCGGUCCAACCAAUCAAAGAGACAAUAGGCUGCGUCACCUCCAAGCAGCCAGUUGGUCCGGAGGACUGAAAGAUCUCGAUUAUCCGUUUGGGGGUGAAGAACAUCUAGUGAUACUUAUUGAAUUGGUCUGUUUCAGUGAUUAUCAAACAAUCAAAAGAAUCCACGGCGCCUCCAUUGACGCUCGAAGCCGAUGAGCAGUGCGAACGCAGGAAGUGGAAGGAGGAUGCAUAAAUGAGGACGUGCACCUUGGAAGUUCCUGCAGCAGACCGGAGGCACCGAUCUGCAACUGUGAUCUUUUCCAGAGUUACAAGUUACAAUCUGUAAGAUCUCCGUUCGGUUCUCUUUUGGCGCCACCUGUGGCGAACAGCGGUAAUUGCAUCUGUGUCUCUGGAUUUCUCUUCCCAGAGGUCGUAACUGUGCGGUCGCUUUUUUCUGGGAAAUGACGCCACAGAUAUUUGUAAUACUACAAAUGCAAAGUGGUUGUUACCCUAAAGUCAUGCUCCUUUAAAAGUCUCCCGCCGGUUUAAUACUUCAUAACACACGUUGAGCAGCUACUUUUAUCGGAAAUAUAGCAAAAAAAUAAACGCCAAAUAAUCUCAGGGGGGUUUCUUGAUAAAGAAAUCAGUCAAAGACGUUUUCAUCUGCCUUCAUGCGGCACACGGUAAUAUCUAAAAAACAAAAAAACUAAAUGAAUGUUUUUGAGAAACGUUCUUCGUCCACUCUUGAACGAACUGAUUGGUUCUGAAGUGGCUUGUACGAGUGAUUUAGGAGAAUUUAACGGAGUUACUAAUUUACACAUUUGAGCUUAUUUUAAUUUUUUUUUUCUUUAGAUACGGAUACAAUUUAGAUGGAGUCACUUAGUAAUGAUGAAAUAUAUAUAUAUAUAUAU